AUGCUCAACAAUAAUCAGCAAUCUAUGGAUUUGAAUCAGCUCAUCCAAACUGUUCAACAACAACAGCAACAACUGGUCUCUCUCACCGAGCGAGUACAGCAACAUGACAAUCUCCUUGCUCGCCUGGACCUUUUGGAAAAGGAAAAUGGAGAAUUGAAAAAUCAGUUACAGGCCAAGGACCUUGCAAUUGAAAAAUUACAGGGCCAACUCUCAUCCCGCCGCACCAAUCAAGGUGCUCUUUCCAGCUCUCAGGUAACACCACCCCAAGAGCUUGUUACUACUCACCAACCCGAUGCUACUCAAGGUAGCUACGCAUCUGCUGCCCGUAAAGGUGCUCAACAUCGUGACCCUGCCGUACUACCAAGCGACGUCUUGCUGCAGGUCGUAUGUUCCAAACCGCCACCACCAAAGGUCAACAAGGAUACCAACAUCUGUUUCCCUGCCACUGGCGUCAUUGGCAUCUUGCUCCACAUCCAAUAUGUAGAGGAGUUUCUCGCCUGUAUGCGCAAAUGUGAAGCUGAUCACAUUGAAAACUUUCAACCCUUGGAUCCCAACAACAUUGCUGAUCCCAAAUAUGCUGAUCUUGCCAUUGAAGAGCGUGAGCAAUUGAUCUAUGAAUUCACCAACACCCGUGCUCUGCAAACCCUCUCUUUCCUUCGUCCACUCAACGUUAGUGGCGUUGGCAAAUACUUUGUCUCUGCUGGCUGGAUCUCUCAAGAAGAGCUAGAUAUAGCCGUCUCUGAAGCUAUCGGUCCUACUAGUCAUACUCCCAAUAACAACCCAGUCCACUCCUUUCAAGUCUCUCUCUCCCUUUGGAAUGCCAAUGGUCUACGUCAAUCAACGGUACAUGAUGUUCUCCAUCAUGUUCAGAACACUCAUGUACUGCUUGUCACUGAAACCUGGCUGACCUCUGGUUCUUUCCCUACUAACUGGUCUCAAUUCCACCUCUAUGGCUCUAAAGUACCUGGUGCAUUUAACCGUGGUUCUGGUGGCAUUACUGCCUUUGUCUCUCCUUCCUGUCCUUUCUCUGUCUCUCAACUUCCGUCUUACAAUGCACACACUUUGUCCCUUAAGGUUGGCACCCUUACGGUUCAUUGUGUGUAUCUGCCUCCACCCUUAUCUUCGGAUAAGGUGCUCUCGCUUCUUCGCUCGUUACCCGUAACCAGUGAUACCAUCCUUUGUGGUGAUUUCAAUGCUCGCUUUGGAUCUCUACUGGGUGAUACUAAUGCUAAUCCUCGUGGCACCUCACUACUGCCAUGGCUGGAGGAGUCCUCUUUAUCCAUUCUCAAUGAGUCUUUAGCAUUCGGUACACCCACAUUCACAACUUUUCGACGUCAACAAGAGGUUCAUAGCAUCAUUGAUCUGUUUCUUACAAACAUUGGCGAGGCUGCUCUGUUACAUCCUCAACUGGUGGUUGAAUCUGAUCUGUCUCUUGGCUCUGAUCAUCGGCUGAUGGUACUUACUUUCGAACGGCAAUGGAAGCUCUCGAAAUUGAGGAAAAAGCGGCCUUUGGGCUUGCUUCGUGAAUCCUUUCGAACUUCUGUUGCUCCUUUGGUUGGUUCUCUCUCUGGUUUGGUGUCUGCUCCCCCUGGUGUUUGUCCAGAUAUUGAUGCAAUCAACGAUUCUUUGAAUCAAUGUUUGUAUGAAUCUCUGGAUAGCUCAAUUGGUGUGAAAUCUGGUCGUCCUGGCCACUGGAAAAAGUACUGGACACAGGAAAUUGAGGAUGCUGCUCGUGAAAGAGAUACUAUGUAUA